AAUUAGCAGGCCAUGUUGAUUGGUUUGUGUUGAUUAAGCCAGGUGCAUUUGUCUGCGCUCAUUGGCCACGUCGUUGUAAUUUCGGGGUACAUUUUAGGUCUCACCCUCCUCAGUAAAAUACCGGAGCGUCUCUUCCUCACUGCAGACCUGUCAGGUCCAGGUUUUGUCCCACAGAACCAUGUCUUUUCAAACUGCCGGAGAAUCUGUGGAGCAGCUUGGGAACACUGAGGGCCGAGUGGUGAGGAGAGACGGCGUGCUCCGCUCCCUUGUGCGCGGCCUCCUCUGGCCUUUCAGCAUCGUGCUUAGGGCCUACCGCGGAGUUUGGUGGGUGCUGGGCCUCACUUCGCCUCAAGAGAGAACCCUUUCCAGCCCCGGGACUUCCAGCCCGGCGCGCCAAAGUCUCACCGGCCGUAAGCGCCUGUACCGGGUCACCCGACUGCUGCUGCGCAUCCUACCCUGCAGGGCGCAGGCCGCCUUGGGCUAUCCGGUGUCCAGCAGCAUUGGGCGUUCCCUGUCCCCAGAAAGCAGCGUUUCUCCCACUAAACCCUGUGGAAAGGGCAGCAAGAGAAAACAGGAUGAGCUUGAUGAGGAGGAGGAGGAGCAACCUUCCUGGGUGGAGGUUCUUUCUAAGGAACUUCCUGAUGAAGACCCAGAGGAUCCUGACUAUGAGAUCAGCACUGAAGAGACAGACAGUGAGGAAUAUGCCUCCAAGAAUGAUACAGAAAGUGACCUUGAGGUUCUAGGAAAGGGCAUUGUCAUUGAGGAUAUGAACAUGGAUGUUGUCCAUGCCAGUUGAAGGGCCAACAGCUGCUGUUUAACCUUUCAUGUAUGCUGUGAUUUUUGUAUGUUUAUAUAUUUGGUAAUGCAAUAAAAAUUUAUUUUGCUCUAA